AUGACUGCUACCCCGCCUACAUCCACCGCCAACCCCUCAUCGCGGAAAACUUUCACCAUCGGAACGCGCAAGUCGAAACUUGCUCUGUCCCAGACCGAUUUGGUCCAGGAUGCGCUCCAGACAAUCUGGCCCGAUUACACUUUCAAUAUCCAUUCGCAGGAGACCGCGGGUGACCAGAACACGACCAUCGCCCUCCGCGAGUUCACGACUAAGAACCUAUGGACGCAAGAGCUGGAGGAGCUGCUAAUCGCCGGGAAAGUGGACUUCAUCGUUCACUCCCUGAAAGAUGUGCCUACCCUUUUGCCCGAUUCCUGCACCCUAGGCCCCACCUUGAAGCGCGAGGACAGCAGAGACGUUCUAGUGAUGAAGAAGGGCCUGCCGAACAUGAGUCUGGCCGACAUGCCCGCAGGCUCUGUGGUCGGUACCUCCUCCAUCCGCCGCACCGCGCAAUUGGCUCGACGAUACCCUCACCUGAAGAUCAUGGACGUGCGUGGCAACAUCGGCACGCGGCUGGCGAAGCUGGACGCGGAAGACGGCCCGUUCACGUGUAUCAUUCUGGCCGCCGCCGGUCUGCUCCGACUCGACCUGCAUGACCGCAUUUCCCAGUAUCUGGAUUCGAAGAACGGUGGCAUGCUGUAUGCUGUUGGACAGGGUGCGUUGGGUAUCGAGAUCCGGAAGGAUGACCAGACCUUGCAUGAGAUGUUGAAACAGAUCGGUGAUAUGGACGCCACAUAUGCCUGUUGGGCUGAGCGGAGCUUGUUGCGAACGCUCGAGGGUGGCUGCAGCGCUCCGCUGGGCGUCGAAACCGAGUGGGUUCAGCUGCCCGACGGAUCCAGGAAACUCAGAAUGCGGUCUAUUGUGGUCAGCGUGGACGGCAAGGAAGAUGCGGAGGUUGAAGUCGACGGUACUGUCGACUCGGCAGAGUCUGCGGAAGAGUUUGGUGUACUGGUAGCCAAGGAAUUGGUGGCCAAGGGCGCAGGGAAGAUUUUGGAUGACAUCCAACGCAACAAACAGACAUCUGCCUAA